GGGGAUACCACUAUAGAUGUUGUUGUGUGGAGAUGGAGAAGGAGAGAUGUCUGCCUCAGGCAGUGACGGAACAAACCAGGCAAACGGCGGUGACUGCGUCUCCUGCUGUUCCCCUCAUAUCCAUCCUCUCCUCCAUCUGCGACCUUCCCAUCAUCCCCCCAUCUUGUCCCUCGAUUCCACCUUUUGUUCCCUCUUCUGCCCUCUCAUGACGGCUUUCUCCUCUCGUACCGGAAUUGACUAGAUUGCUCCCCCUGAAUUCCUUUCCCCCUCUUCCAUCAUGGCGGAUAUGCCCAUUGUGCUCGACGGAGGAACCGGUUUCCUCAAGGUUGGAUAUGCUGCGCAGAACUUCCCAGAGCACCAGUUCCCCUCGAUAGUGGGGCGUCCCAUCCUGCGAACUGAAGAGCAGGCUGGAGACAUCGUCGUCAAGGAUAUCAUGUGUGGUGAUGAAGCCGCCGCCGCCCGGUCUAUGCUCCAGAUCAGCUAUCCUAUGGAAAACGGUAUCGUGAAGAAAUGGGACGACAUGCAACAUCUCUGGAACUACACCUUUUACGAAAAGAUGAAGAUCGAUCCCACGGGUCGCAAGAUCCUCCUCACCGAACCUCCCAUGAACCCCCUGAAGAACCGCGAGCAGAUGUGCGAGACCAUGUUGGAGGGCUACAACUUUGGCGGUGUAUACGUCGCCAUUCAAGCUGUGCUUGCACUGUACGCCCAGGGUCUCAGCAGCGGAGUGGUCGUCGACUCCGGUGACGGCGUCACCCACGUCAUCCCCGUCUACGAAUCCACCGUCCUGAACCACCACAUCCGCCGGCUGGACGUGGCCGGUCGCGAUGUCACCCGUAACCUGAUCGCGCUGCUGCUGCGCCGCGGUUACGCCCUGAACCGCACGGCCGACUUCGAAACCGUGCGCCAGAUCAAGGAGAAGCUCUGCUACGUCUCCUACGACCUGGAGCUGGACAAGCAGCUCUCCGAGGACACCACCGUCCUGGUCGAAUCCUACACCCUUCCCGACGGUCGCGUCAUCCGCGUCGGCAGCGAGCGCUUCGAGGCCCCCGAGUGUCUCUUCCAGCCCCACCUGGUCGACGUCGACCAGCCCGGUAUCGCCGAACUGCUUUUCAACACCAUCCAGGGCGCCGAUGUCGAUGUGCGCUCCAGUCUGUACAAGGCUGUCGUGCUCAGCGGUGGUAGCAGCAUGUACCCGGGUCUGCCGUCGCGGUUGGAGAAGGAGCUGAAGCAGCUGUGGCUGACGCGAGUCCUCCAAGGAGAUCCGGAGCGGUUGAACAAAUUCAAGGUGCGCAUCGAGGACCCGCCCCGACGGAGACACAUGGUGUUCCUGGGCGGAGCUGUGCUCGCCAACCUGAUCGCCGACAAGGAAGACAUGUGGGUCUCCAAGCAAGAGUGGGAAGAACAGGGCGCUCGCGCCCUGGCCAAGCUCGGUCCGAGAUAAAGCGAAACGUCGCAUUCAUCCCUACUCAACACCCCUCCCGUCUCUUCUCCCUAGUCUAGCCCCCAGACAACCACCCCCGCUUCCUGUUGAUGCACGGUUCUUUCGCCCUCGCCCUCCCUUACCUAGACAAACGUCUCAUGACCAGUUGACCGGUCACCGCUACAUACAUGAAAGGACUCAACAUCAACCAGGCUCUUCGGUACUAUUCCCCCCAGAUCAACACCAACAUUUCCAUUUUCAAUUUUUCUUUUUUACACUUCCGUGUCCCCCGUUUUCAAUGUAGCUAGUAUAUAGAAAAAUGAGCACCCGGUGUGAUACGG